AUGACCUGGAGGUCAAUAGAACCUGGUGUUGCUGCAGGGGUUAGCGUAGAAACAUGCCAUCUCAAUGUUUACUUCAGCGGGGUUAUGCCUGGAAUUGGUCCAGUCUCGUCCCGUCAACUCGAUGCCGCUUGCUUGCUGGACACGCGAUCGGCAGCGCGACACGACAGACGGGACGACAAGGGACGAUGGUCACUUUGUCACUCCCCGGCUCAACAGGCUGGCUGCCUGCGCACAUCAACAAGGUUCUCACUCAUUGACUGUUUUGGUCAAUUGAAACAUCAACAACAAUCUCUUUACUUAUUAACCUCCAAUGCUGCCAGUAUCGCCCACAACAAGCACCAGGCAAAAUGGCUGAGGAAAGGGACACUUCUGCGGACCUCUUCGCAAUUCCCAAUUUCUGGCGGUCAUCGAGGCUCUUCUUUCCAAUUCCUUCCAUUCGGAGACCAAGACAAGCCUCUGAAUUCUCUCAAACGCCCGCUUCAAGACGAAGGCCAGACCAGCUUCUUCAGACUACCUCCCGUUUUGCGAGACGCUGCUCUCAGCAAUGAACCACAACUCUCCGACGAUAUCUUCUCCGACGGUAUUGCCAGCGCUGAACAGGGCAAGAAAGGCGAAUCCCCAGCUGAUCUAGAUGACGACGAGGAGGACUACUGGCUCACAUUGGAAGACGUCGAACCCAAGACACCCGAGUACAAAUCCUGGGAGGCAUUCAAUCCGACAGCCCACCAUGGUCCAUCUGAUGUUGUCUUCAUCAGCGAGGCUGGGCCUGUUGCUUUCGACGCCCUCAUAACCGAUAUCCCGGACGAUGGCACAGACCCUGUUCCCGAUAUCCUCGACAAUGCCUUGUACUACGCCUGUCUGUUAGGGCUGGCACAGGGGAGAAGCUCUGUCCUCUUCUCAUGGGAUUCGGAAAAGGGCUCAUUUGUGAAGACGGCACCUCACCUUAGGAUCUCGGGUGUCUCUGUUCAGUCGAUACAAGGCAUGGAUCAGUUUUGCCUUGAUUGUGGAAACGCCGUCAAGGCCCUUUUGUCAUUUUCUGAGUCGGCUUAUUUCGAAUCACCCACGCCAACAAGCGUCGCCCUAGCAAAAGUGGUAGAUCAACUGGUCUUGGCUGUCCAGACCGAGGUUGCUGCCCGCAGCAAGGCUGUCCGGUCCAUACUUCAGCUACAAUCCGUUGUCAAGCCGGCGCACGCCAUUCUGACGUAUUUCCACGCGCUCAGUAAGAAGCUGGCUGAAGAAAAAUCGGAAGAAGGAAUGCUCUCAUGCCUCUUCCGGGAAGCUCAGGCCGCCGAGUACCAAGGUGGCCUACUACCCGACGUCAUCUGCGAAGUGCUACGCCUUGCCUCAAAGCCAUGGAUCGAGUUCGUCGAGGAGUGGAUUGGUCUAAAGAACGAAGAAGGCGCCCCAAUCUCCAAGACGGGUUCAGGGAAGUCCUUUGUCAAAGUGGCCGACAAGAUGUGGAUAGACGAUCAUGGCUUCGAGCUCGAGGAACCCGAGUUCUUCCUAGACGAGGACAGGAUGCCUUCAUUUGUGCCUCAAGACAUGGCCCGCUCCAUCUUCGACACUGGACGAAAUCUGCGCUUCCUCAAAGAGCACCAUCCAGACCACUUCCUCUCAAAACGGAAUGUCGUUGCGCUUACCCAACCACCCAAACUCGAGUGGCAAUUCUCCUGGGAUGCCAUCACAAUGCUGGAAACGAGAGUCAACGAGUACAAAGCUGCCGUGACUCGCUUGGUGCAAAACGCAGCAUCAGGAGAUCAGUUCCCGACACGUUCAUCUACUACACAUGAACCCAACGAGUACAGGCUCACCUACUUCGGAAGGAGUGAGGAAGAAGUCGCCGCUGCUGUACUCGCCUCAAUCAACCAGCUAGCUCAACCUCUCCACAACAGCGAGUCCGACGAUGAGCUCACCACCAUGCUUCACAACCGCUUGUAUUCAAUCGCGGACCACAACAAAGAGGAGGGCUUCAACCCACACUGGUCACUUGUCCCCUUGCUCUCUUUCGGUUCACUCGUCGACACCCAGUCCAAGCUUGUCAACGACGAAUGCAUGAAACUUCUCCUUGGCCCUCACAAGCUUCGAGUGCAUACCAAUCUCAUGAGACAGUACUUCCUCCUAGGCAACGGCAUGCUCUGCAGUCGGCUUUCUCACGCCCUCUUCGAUCCCGACCUCGAGUCCGCCGAGCGCAAAGCUGGUGUUGCGUUCAGCGGCGGUGUCAUGGGUCUUCGACUAGGCGGCCGAGACACCUGGCCACCAGCCAGCUCCGAACUCCGUCUGGCACUCAUGGGCGUUCUCUCCGAUUGCUACGAGCCGCCCGCCAGUGAGAAAGGCGGUGACGGACAAGAGGAAGCGGCAGGAAUGGGUAAAUCAAUGCUUUCCCGCACCUACAGCUCUGAUCUACCCGGUAAUCUAAGCUUCGCCGUGCGCGAUCUUACCCCGGAGGAGAUCAACAAGUGCAUGGACCCUGACGGGCUGGAAGCCCUGGACUUUCUACGACUGUCGUACAAGGCUCCGUCCGGACUGCAAAAUAUCAUGACCCCCGUUAUUCUUCUCAAGUACGACCGCAUCAACAAGCAUCUACUUCGUAUUCUACGUAUGUUGUACGUAGUCAACCACCUCUCUCGCGACGUCCAGCUGCUUGCUCGCCGCACCCGCCUCAGCAACGCCGCCAUCCGCUUCUGCGCGGAGGCGAACCACUUCGUUUCCAAGAUGGCGAACCACUUCUUUGACUUGGGCAUCACUACCAUCUGGAACCAAUUCGAGGAGUGGCUGGACUCGAUAGAAGCAGAGUUCCUUGGCACGGGAUCCGGGACCCAAGACGACGACAGCACCAGCGUCGGACACUCUGAAGAUGGCACCUCUCGCUCCUCAUCAUCCAAGAACAACAAGAACAACAGAAAAUCCUGCUCCCCCGACCUAGUCCGCGACAAACAAUCCCACUGCCUCGACGAAAUCAUGUCCGCUCUCUUCUUACGAAAGCGACAGACACCCGUUCUUCAGCUUCUGGAAGAAAUCUUUACUGUUAUCUUGCGCUUCGCCAGACUCAUGAGAUCCCUCAACAACAACAACAACAACAACAACAAGAAACCACCACCCUUCAAUAGGAAAGGAAAAAGCAAAGACGAAGGGUACGCCAACAACAACGACACACCAGAAAGUUUGUACGCCAUGUUCAGAAAAAAAAUCGAGGUUUUCUUGACGGUGUAUAAAGGGUUGGGAGAGAAGGCGGCUGCUAGUAAGAAUAAGGGAGGAUAUGGAUAUGGAUAUGGACAAGAGAAUGGGAUGGGGAAGGUGGGGGAGAGUCUGGCGGAGAUGAUUCCUUUGGCGUUGGAUAUGAUGGGGUACUAUGAGGGGGGAGGGAGGACGAGGUAUCAGGGGUAGGUGAGGCGAGGGUUGGUGUAGGUGUGAGAUUAUGGUGAUAACAGGUGAGGAAUUGUUGGGACUAUAGGGUCGGAGGGUUAUAAAAGGUAAUGGGUGUAGGAUGGGACAAGGUGUUGAGGUGUUUGUUGAAUUGUGUCGAGGUAUAUGGGGAAUUAUGAAUACUAUUGCUGAAAGGCAUAGCGGCAUGGUAUGGCAUGGAUGGCAUAGUUAUAUGUUUUAUACAUCCAGGAUAGCAGCAGGACUGAUACCCAUUUGUUUAACG